AGAGUUGCACGUUACCAGACUGUCUGUUCCUAUUAUCUAGUUGCUGCUGCCUGUUUAUUUUUUAUUUUUUGUGGUGCUGUGUAUGUGUUAGUCUGAGUAGACUUGCUUUGUUUUUGUUUAUUUCCUUAUUUAUUUUGUUUUGUGGUACUUGGAAAUAUGCUGAAGAGAAAACCUUCAAAUGUUUCGGAUAAAGAAAAAUCACAAAAACCUAAGCGUGCCAGCAGUUUUGGAAGCUUUGACCGAUUCAGGCAUCAUUCUUCUUCAACAAAACCCAGUGACUCCACUGAUGAUGGAAAUGUCGAAGAAUGCACGGACCAGGGUCUUUGCAAAGAAGGAACAAGUAGCACAAGUCUAGGCAAAAAGAUGAAAAGUGCAAUUUCUUUGACCAUGAAGAAAAAGACAUGCAAAAAAUAUAUCAAAACACUCUCAGAAGAAAUGGCAAAUAAUCAAGAUGGAGAUGCAGGCCCCCAGAGAGACAGCGAUGGAGCAGAAGGAACUCAUGGAGAGAAGGUUUCUCUGAAAAACAGUGAUUCAAUGGAAAGCCUCAACAGUGGUCAGAGCUCUUGCAGUGGAAUUACCAGUUGUUCAGAGGGGACAAGUAACCGGGACAGCUUCAGACUGGAUGAAGACGUGCCAUAUGCAGGACCUUUCUGUGGUCGAGCCAAAGUGCAUACAGACUUUAUUCCAAGUCCAUAUGAUACUGACUCACUGAAACUCAAGAAAGGAGACAUCAUUGACGUCAUCUGUAAGCCACCCAUGGGCACGUGGACUGGCUUAUUAAACAACAAGGUUGGCAACUUCAAGUUUAUCUAUGUGGAUGUUAUGUCAGAGGAAGACGCUCUCCCCAAGAGGAUCCAGCCCCAGCGAAGGAGUAAGCGUCCAAAGCCAAAAGAUCUUGAUGAGCUCCUGAAGCGGAUUGAGUUAGAGGAAUACAGCUCGACUCUCUUACUGAAUGGCUACCAAACACUGGAGGAUUUGAAGGACUUAACAGAAAGUCACCUAAUAGAACUGAAUGUUACUAAUGCAGAACACAGAAAGAAAAUGUUGGCUGCAGCUGACCAUCUUCUGGAUUAUGAAAAUGAUCGGGCUUUUGAGGAUGAUAAUGAGGAAGCCAAGACAAAGAGCCUGACAACCAAAUGUGACCAGCUGCAGUUAGAGGAUGAGUGUCCCAGGGACUCUGGCUGCUACAUCACUGUGGAAACCUCAGACAAUGGCAAAGAAGAUAUGGAUUCUGAGAUCCUGGUUGCAGAAAUACAGCAAAUUUCUAUCACCUGAUGAAGGUUUCAUUUGUUAUGGCAUCAACAGCAUAAACAGCACUGUGCAGGCAUGCAUUACCAAGUUACAUACAUUAUAACGUAAAAUGGGGAUGGAGGGGCUUACUUAGCAAGUGUCCUCAGCGCUUCCACUUUGUUUGUGACAUUACAACUGAUCACAUCUUGAUUCUUCAAGCCCACUCAUUACCUGCUUCAUACAAUAAUUUUAAUUCUGCACACUAUAAAGCAGAUUUGUGUAGGUGCACACAUCAACACAAAACCCUGAGUUUUUUUCCUUCAGUGACUAAAUUCGUUAACAACACGAUGUUUAUGUUCUGCACAUUUUUCUUAUACUAGAUCAAUCGCACAAUUUCUGUAUUUAGCAACUUCUGUAAAUACAUAUUUGAUAUUGCUUGACCUAAGUCAAGUUUCUUUUCUGUUUUUUAAAGACCACAAUUUAUUAUAUAUGUAAUAGUAUUUUUUGUUCUGUAUAUGUGGUAGCAUUUCGCAUUCUUUGUUGUAAUGAUUGAAAAUGUACCUUUUUCCUAUAAAAUGUAUGCUUGUUACUGAAAGCACCCCUUCUUAUUGUAUAUUUGUUAAGACACAAUUUUCUGUAUGAUUAGUUCAGAGUUUUAGUUUGUUUCAACAGGUCAUCAGUUUUGUUUAUUAAAAAUAACUGCACUAUGUCCAGGAUAACGCUGAACUUUAUUUCAUACAGAUUAAAGCAGCAUCAGUAGAAUCUACCUGGCAUUGGUUAAAGAGCAAAUAACAAGUUUUGAUUUUAGGAUUUUUUUUUCCUUUUUUUGUAAUAGAAAGUAUCAGUUUGUAUUAAAAAGAGUUUUUCCUUAUGUGAAACUUUAUAAGACUGAGUUCCACUUCCUGAACUAACAUUUUCCCAUUUUUGGUAUCUGAAAUAAGACCAAGGCGUCUGGGAUUCAAUAUGAUUAGUCAAGAAGUAUUUAUUUGAUACAGGAUUAAUCCAAACUAAAACACCUAUAUCCACAUAAUUUGCAGUCUCAAAACAGCAAUACUCCUAAGGUUGCAAACCAUACAAAAAGCAUUUUUUUGCAAGAUGACAAGCCUCCCUACUGCAUCCCUAAUAUAGAGACAAGCCCCAUACCCUUAUUAUCUAAACAUACCUAUUUCAAGUUUGCAAAAUAUUUGAGAACUGGCAGAAGGUAGAAUACAAAAAUGAAAUUCACUUCCUAUCUUUUCAACUCCACAAUAAAAUUAACAUAUGACCUAGUCUGGCAGCACUGAUACAUGAAUCACUUAAUGACCAAUGGUCACUGUUGUGGAAUCAAACUCAAGAACCUAGACAGGACUUCAAAAAGUGUGCAACAAUCAUAACUAGAAUUAAAAAACGUUUCCUCCUAUCCAAGCAUCCAAUCUCAUUCUAGGAAAAGAGUAACUGAAUCAAUGUUUCUAAUUCUAAGAGCGAUAGAAUAUGAGUGAAAAUACUUUUGGAAUACAUUAGUUCUACUGACUUCUAGUUCCACAAGCUGGUUAUUAUUGCAUGCAGCCACUUAAUGGCAUCUCUUAUUUAUUCCCCCAGGAGACAUCUAACCUUCCUGUUUUGACAUGCAGAGACUCACUGUUUAGGAUUAAAAUAAGGCAUAGUUUUUUCCUGUAACUCUUUGCUCAGUUAAUGAGACAUCUAGAACCGCUGAGCCUCAGUUACUGAGGGCUGCAUUUUCGGUAUGCUGUAGUAAAAAGUGAAUCUUCUCAUGAUUCACCUAUCUUUUUGCCAACACAGAUGUCAUUUCCUUUACAUCUCUAGCCCUGCAUAGUCUUUGGUCAAAAACUUUAAGGAAGGCAUUCUGGUAUAACAGAAUAUUCAUGUAUGUCAGCAGUAUCUUAUUUUUAACUCUGUUGUUAUGGCUUGUUAUUAUUAAUUACUGUCUUAUCAGCCUGUUUUUAAUGUACAGUAUAUUUAGUACUAUGUCACUUUAACAUUACUGUUUUUGAAAUCUUGCUAAUGUACAUAUUGAAACUCAGACUUGACAUCUGAUACUGAAUACAAUUGCUUACAUGCCAGAAGGCAGUCAUGGUAAAUGCACCAUCAAUACGCAUUAUUUAUUGUUUUGUAAGCAUACUCGGGUCAUCAGUUAAAUGAAAAGUGGUUUAAUUAAAACAAACAAUAAAACAAUACAUGCACAAAAGA